GACCAUGGCGGCGACAGGAGGCGGGGCCGUGGCCGUGGGGCUCAAGUGGUUCAAGCGGGACCGGGUCAAGUCCUCCAUGAGCAAGGAGGGCCAGCUACGCGCCUGGCAGUGGUGCCGGGAGUUCCUGGGCGGCGCCUGGCGCCGAGUGCGGCCCGAGGAGCUGCAUAUGAGUCGCGUGAGCGGGGGGCUCAGCAACCUGCUCUUCCGAUGCUCCCUCCCAAAGGACAUACCCCUCGUCGGGGACGAGCCCCGGGACGUGCUGCUGAGGGUCUAUGGGGCCAUCCUGCAGGGAGUGGACUCCCUGGUCCUGGAGAGCGUGAUGUUUGCCAUCCUGGCUGAGCGGCAUCUGGGACCUCAGCUUUACGGGGUCUUCCCUGAAGGGAGGCUGGAGCAAUUCGUUUCGAGCCGGCCGCUUCGGACAGAGGAGCUGAGGGACCCUCGGACGUCCGCCGCGAUUGCCAUCAAAAUGGCCCAGUUCCAUCUGAUGGAGAUGCCCUUCAACAAGGAACCUCGGUGGCUAUUUGGGACCAUGGAGCGAUACAUGAAGCAGAUCCGGGAGUUGACGCCUCCCAGUGCGACCAAAGAAAAUCUGGUUCAGACGUACCACCUGGAGGAAGAGAUGGGCAAGCUGCGGAAGCUUCUGGAUUCAGCUUCCUCCCCGGUGGUAUUCUGUCACAAUGACAUCCAAGAAGGGAACAUCCUGCUGCUCUCUGAAGCAGAGCCCAGACUUAUGCUCAUAGAUUUUGAGUACAGCAGCUACAAUUACAGGGGUUUUGACAUCGGGAACCACUUCUGUGAGUGGAUUUAUGACUACAGCUCUGAGGAGUCUCCCUACUUCCUGAUGAAGCCUAGGAACUACCCCAGCCGGGAGCAGCAGCUUCAUUUCAUCCGAAAUUACCUGUCAGUAAUCCAGGGGGACAAGACUCCCUCCCCAGAAGAGCGGACCAGAUUGGAAGAGAAAAUUCUUUUGGAAGCAAACAGGUUUGCUCUGGCAUCCCAUUUCUUCUGGGGACUAUGGUCCAUCCUCCAGGAUAUCAUGUCUACCAUUGAGUUUGAUUACUUGGAAUAUGCACAAUCGCGCUUCCAGUUGUACUUCAGUCAGAAGGAGGAGUUGUGCUCUGGGGUGACCCUUCCUAACAGCCCUUCACCUCCCUGAGUCACUCCCCUAGUGGACACUGGCAUCUAAGGGACAGGAUGGAGAUGGAGGAUGGAAUCCAAGGCCCAAGCUGUCCCCCUGGUGAGAAUGGACCAAAAACAAAGGAUCAGCCGACCUCGGAGCAGUGGGAAAGCCCAGCCUCUCUUGGCACCUAGACAAGAACUGUCCAGUCCCCCCCCAGGUGGGGAGAUAGGCACAGGACCCUGGCCAGCCAGGGCAGCCACUUCUCCACUGUCACUGUCUUCAGACCAAUAAAGACUACCUGCUGCUGGCCUUGCCCAGCUGGGCCUCA